AUGCUAGAGCAAGGUAUAAUUCGUCCGUCAGAAUCUGCAUGGAGCUCUCCCAUCUGGAUAGUUCCUAAAAAGGUUGAUGCUUCUGGCAAGACUAAAUGGCGACUCGUAGUCGACUUUAGGAAGCUAAAUGAAAAAACCAUUAGUGAUAAAUACCCAAUACCGAAUAUAUCGGAUGUACUAGAUAAGUUAGGAAAUUGCCAAUAUUUCACAACCUUGGAUUUAGCCAGUGGAUUUUACCAGGUCGAAAUGAACCCUAGUGACAUACCGAAAACAGCAUUCAACGUUGAACAUGGGCAUUUCGAGUUCUUACGGAUGCCCAUGGGCCUGAAGAACUCGCCAUCCACGUUUCAGCGUGUCAUGGAUAACGUGCUCCGUGACCUACAAAAUACAGUUUGUCUCGUGUACUUAGACGAUAUUAUUGUGUUCAGCACUUCCUUGCAAGAACACAUGGUAAAUCUUGAGAAAGUAUUUCAGAAACUACGGGAAUCCAACUUUAAAAUACAAAUGGAUAAAUCCGAGUUUCUUAAAUUGGAAACCGCUUAUUUAGGACAUAUAAUUAGUAAAGACGGCAUUAAGCCAAAUCCUAGUAAAAUAUCAGCCAUAGAAAAGUAUCCAUUACCCAAAACCGCAAAAGAGAUUAAACAGUUUUUAGGCCUUAUAGGUUAUUAUCGGAAGUUCAUCCCAGACUUUGCUCGAAUUACUAAACCUCUGACACAAUGCCUAAAAAAGGGACGAAAAAUAACUCUUGACACAGACUAUAUUAACUGCUUUGAAAAGUGCAAGACUCUCCUGACUAACGACCCAAUCCUUCAAUAUCCUGACUUCAACAAAGAAUUCAUCCUGACCACUGACGCAUCCAAUGUAGCGAUAGGAGCCAUCCUAUCUCAGGGACCCAUAGGAUCAGACAAACCUGUAUGUUACGCUUCUAGAACUCUAAAUGAGAGCGAAGUGAACUACAGCACUAUAGAGAAAGAACUCCUUGCCAUCGUGUGGGCAACCAAAUACUUUAGACCCUACCUAUUUGGCCGUACUUUUAAAAUCUUAACUGAUCAUAAACCCCUUCAGUGGGUAAUGAAUCUUAAGGAACCGAACUCACGACUCACUAGAAGCUCGUCUAUGAAUCUAGUAUUAACUAAAGUUGAGGUCGAAAAUAUAAAAGAAUAUUUACAACAACAAGAAAUAAUAAAGAACUACCACGAAGGUAAAACUAACCAUCGCGGUAUCAACGAAAGUUUCCUGGCCCUUUCCAAACGAUACUAUUGGCCCAAAAUGAGGGAACACAUUACGAAAUAUAUUAAUGAAUGUACCAUAUGUGGUCAGGCUAAGUACGAUAGGAAACCUCUAAAACCUCAAUUCAAUAUCGUUCCCCCCGCUACCAAACCUUUCGAGAUUAUCCAUAUGGACAUGUUCACAGUACAUAAUGAAAAGUACCUCACAUUUAUAGACGUAUUCUCCAAAUAUGCUCAAGCGUAUCAUUUAAGAGACGGAACAGCAUUGAGCAUUUUACAAAGCCUACUUACCUUCUGUACGCAUCAUGGUCUUCCUCUUUCUAUUGUCACCGACAAUGGGACCGAAUUUACGAACCAGCUAUUUACUGAGUUCGUACAAUUACACAAAAUUAACCAUCAUAGAACGUUAGCCCACUGUCCCAACGACAACGGUAACAUAGAGCGGUUCCACUCGACUAUACUGGAACAUCUGCGAAUCCUAAAACUACAAAAGAAAGACGAGCAUGUAGUAAAUCUAAUGCCCUAUGCUAUCCUAGGAUACAAUAGUUCUGUACAUAGUUUCACUAAAUGUAGGCCUUACGAUAUUGUCAAUGGACAUUUCAACCCAAGAGACCCAAUCGACAUCGACUUGACAAAACAUUUACUGCAGCAAUACAUACUAACACACCGAGACCGAAUGAAUACAGUGUAUGAAAUAAUUAACGAACAUUCUUUCUCCGAACGUUCAGCAUUAAUAAAUAAUCGGAAUAAAUCACGGGAACCAGAGGUUGAAUACCAACCAAACCAACAAGUUUUCGUUUCCAACCCCCUAGCUAGCCGACAAAAAUUAGCCCCACGUUACACCCAUGAUCAUGUUCUAGCUGACUUACCAAUACACAUUUACACAACUCUAAAAUUACUGACUGUACUGACCGUGCUGACGAUCGAAGCCCAGGAGAUAAAACUUGAAUAUCUUGAAGACGGACCAGGCCUACUACCAUUUAGACUUGGACCAACGACUCUCAUAACUCACUAUCAUACAUUUCUUCAAUAUGUAAAACUUGACGACAUCAGAGACAAAGUAACCUUAUUGCAGGUACAGCUACAGAACUACAAGAACAGACUUGAUAAUGACACCAACUUACUGUACGAAUUACAAAUGGACUAUCUUUCUAGCAAACUAGACAAAGUAUUAUUACAACUAAAUAGCUUAGAGCCUAGUCGCACUAAGAGAGGUCUAGUAGACGGAUUAGGCUCAGUGAUCAAAAGCGUAACCGGUAAUCUAGAUUAUUUAGAUGCCGCGAAAUAUAAUAAUGCCAUAAAAGUUUUAAAGGAUAACCAAGAUAGGAUCGAAUCUGAAUUCAAUAGUCACAUUAGCAUUAGUAAAGAGUGGAUGUUACAACAUAAUAGUGUGAUAUCCCAGAUAAUUGAAAACGAGAACAAAAUUAACUCAACGCUUAUCCAAUUACUAGAUAGAGCCGCUUAUAAAGACAGUAGCCUCAUCAAGUAUGCUAAGUUUGCCCAACUACUAACAAUUUUAACAGAAAAUAUUGAUGAUAUGCUCAAUGAGCUUAAUAGGAUAGAAAAUAUAUUAGCAUUUAGUCGUGCAUCGAGCACCCACCAUUCUACGUUAAGUGUUACGGUAAUUAAGUCUAUGUUAGUAAGAUUAAGACAAAUUUAUGAUAAGGAACAUGUAUUAAAUUUAGAGACUAGAGAAUAUUACGAUAUCAUUAAGUCAGGUUAUUAUUUUACAGAAAAUCAAAUAGUAAUUGUUCUAAAAUUCCCUGUUAUUUCCAAAGACACCUUCGACCUAUUCCGCUUAUCCAUUGUACCUAACAAAAACCACCAAUCUAUUAUUCCACCCUAUCCUUUAAUAGCAACAAAUAGAGAAAAAUUCGUGUACAUGGAGACAGAAUGUCCGAAGUUGAGUAAUCGGUACCUAUGCGAAAAGGAAACGAACACCCAAAUUCGAACACAAUCCGACUGUAUCCAGAACCUCAUCAUCAAUCAGUCUAUAUCAAAAUCCUGUAAGAUAACCGACAUUGCACUAUCAAAAGAAGCCAUGGAACGUCUUGACGACAAGCACUACACCAUCUCUUUCCCUCAACCAACUAAAGUCCAUACAGUAUGCGGGCGUGAAGAUAUUACUACAUUACAGGGUAGUUACUUAGCUACAAUACCAAUUAAUUGCUUCCUGCGAACACAAGAAUUCACCAUCACCAAUAUUAACGAUCAAGUAGAAGGCCAUCCACUGAAACUAAUGAAAAUACCAAUGGAUAUAAACACAAAAGGCAACCCAGCAGUACCACGAAUCAGCCUUAAUACAAUUAACCUGAAAGGACUCCACGCAGCCCAGGACCAACUCAUGAUGCAACCACCACUUCAUCUGAGAGAGAUGGAUCUCCCAACUUUAUAUCACACCACUAUUCCCUUUUACGCCGUGUUAUCAAGCAUUGCAAUAUUCGCUAUCAUAAUCUCAGUUCGUUAUUACUACAAGACUAAGAAGCAAGAACAGAUCCAGAAUAGCACCCAACAUAGCUAUGAAAAGCCCGAAGAAUCUGAAGUCAAAAAGGCAUUACCAGCAACUUUUUCUCUCAAGGUUCUAAAAUAG